AUGCCUCCUCUCCCUACCACGUACCCGCGGGACCCGAAGUACCCAGAGAUGCUGAACGAGAAAAAAAGGAUGUUCCGCUACCGAACAAACCGUCGGAAUCGACCCUUCGCGAUUGCUUUUGGUGUGGUCGCGCUCUGCUAUCUUCUCUGGACGAAUGUAUCGAGGCCGAGUCUAUUUUACUUCUGCCGUACGGCCGAGCAAUCAGACGUUGCCUCGGGCGUGUCGAGAGCAAAUCUGCAGGAUCAGAAGGCUUUGGUGCCGCUCGAAGCGCAUAUCAUGUCAAAGUGUCCAGACGCGAGGGACUGCCUCAGGGAUAUGGUACUGCCUACGAUGCAGAAAGUCAUCGACAAGGUGAAUUUCACGCUGUCAUUCAUUGGCACUCCUACAGACAAUGACGGGGUGGAUUGCAAGCAUGGCCCACAGGAAUGUAUGGGCAACAUCAUCGAGCUAUGCGCCCAGCGACUGUAUCCCGAUCCGAAGAUCCACCUAGGCUUCACGAUGUGUAUCUCUCGCGACUACAAAGAAAUCCCAGACGAGAGUCUGAUUUCGGACUGCGCGCUCGAACACGGCAUCAAUAUUAGCACGCUGAACGAUUGCGCGGUAGAAGAUAACGGCGGCCUAGGAGUUGGCAUGCUGCAGGAUAGCGUCAGGAGGAAUAUACUGCGUUCGAGAUGA